GAACUGAAAAUCUUGGUUGAUUUCGAUGACAAGGGUUACCUCCUUCAGAUCUUCACCAAGCCGGUUCAGGACAGACCAACGCUUUUCCUGGAGGUCAUUCAGAGGAAUAACCACUUUGGUUUCGGGGCCGGGAACUUCAAGUCUCUCUUUGAGGCCAUCGAGAUCGACCAGGACGCCAGGGGCAACCUGACUGUGCUGACACCCGAGGGCCACGCCAAAUCCUUCGGCUGAGCCUCGGACCGCUGCCAGCGCAGACUGAGACCGCAGGCUGCGUUUCAGAGACGACACCCAGCAACACAUCAGACCCGAGUGAUGCAAGUCUUCCAGUGACGAGCUGCUGCUCUCGUUGUAGCAAAUCAAAUUCAUAGCAAAUCAUCCCAUAUCUGAUACUAGAAAGAGUUUUAUUAAAUUUAUACUUAAUUUUUUACAGCAGUACUGUUUGUGGAUGAUUUUGUCUAAUUUAAGCAAAUAAAAAGUGUUUUUUCCCCCUGGGUGGGGUUUGAACAUAGACAUA